AUGUCGCGGGGCCCCGGCUUCAGAGGGCCACUUCUGGCGCUUCUCCUCCAGCUUGUCCUGAUCUGCUCCGCUCAAAGAAGUCAAGGCCCCCCUGGACCUCCAGGUGUGCCAGGAAUUGAUGGCAUUGAUGGAGAAAGGGGCAUGGAUGGGGAGGAUGGACCACCUGGGCCUGAUGGAGAGGAGGGAAAACCUGGCUCUCCUGGAUUACCUGGACUUCCUGGAAAUGAUGGACUGACUGGCCCUGUCGGAGAUCCUGGACCUGAUGGCCCCCCCGGACAGAAAGGUGAACCUGGAAAAACAGGGCCUCGUGGAUCAGCGGGAGUUGGGCCUGAUGGACCCCCCGGACCACCCGGACCUGGAGGACUUCUGGGUGAAGUUGGAAAAGUUGGACCACCUGGUGCCAUGGGAGUGAGGGGUCCAGCUGGACCUCGUGGACCACAAGGACCCAGAGGAGCAGCUGGAGCCUUGGGCAGUACUGAUAUGUGUCCAAACUCUUGUCCACCUGGAAUGACAGGGCACCCUGGACUCCCUGGCAUGAAAGGUCACAAAGGUGUAAAGGGGGAAGCUGGAGAACCUGGCAAACAAGGCCACAAGGGAGAGGAAGGAGAGCAGGGGAUCCCAGGGGAGGUCGGAGCCCAAGGACCAACAGGUCCUCAGGGAAUCCGUGGAGCCACGGGGAUGAUGGGCGCCAAGGGAGAGAUGGGAGCUCGAGGUCCUGAUGGUGAUCCAGGUCCACAGGGAGUUGCUGGAGCAACUGGGGACCAAGGUCAGAGAGGUGUAAUGGGUGAGGCUGGUCCUAAAGGUGAAACAGGUGUUCAAGGACCAAGAGGAAUAACAGGGGUUCCAGGUCCAAAAGGAGAGGGUGGUCUUCCAGGUGUCGAUGGCCGUGAAGGUAUUCCAGGAAUGCCUGGAGCAAAGGGGAUCAUCGGAAAGGCUGGGGCUCCUGGAGAAGUGGGUCCUCAGGGAUUUCCUGGGUUACCUGGUGUACCAGGACCAAAAGGACUGGGUGGCCCAAAGGGAGAUUCAGGUGAAUCUGGACUCCCUGGGACAAUGGGGUCUGCAGGAAAAACUGGUGAGCGAGGAGAGCAGGGAGAGGCUGGGCCUGCAGGACCUAUUGGUGAACCUGGAGAUAUUGGAGAACAAGGUCCCACAGGUCCAGCUGGAAAGCAUGGGGCCAGGGGACCAAAGGGUGACCCAGGACUGCCUGGUCUACCUGGCCCCCCUGGUCUUCCUGGAGUGAAAGGGGAGAGGGGAGAGCGUGGUGAAGCUGGUCCUAAGGGAGAACAGGGAUCUCAAGGUGAUGAAGGAACUGCAGGAGACAAAGGAGAUACAGGUGAUUCAGGAGAGGCAGGGGCAAAAGGAGAGGUCGGUACCCCUGGUGAGCCCGGCAAAAGGGGUCCAGAGGGAAGUCGAGGUCAGCCGGGCAUCGAGGGACCCCCUGGCUCACCUGGGCCGAGAGGCAUGCAGGGCAACAGGGGUCUACCAGGGGCCAGAGGAUCCCAGGGGCCUGCGGGCAAAGAGCCAAGUGAUCAGCACAUCAAGCAAGUUUGUAUGCGCGUCAUGCAAGAACAGCUGGCUCAACUGGCAGCCAGUCUGCGGAGGCCAGAAUCCGGUGUGGUCGGUUUACCCGGCAAACCUGGACCUCCAGGGCCUCCUGGGCCUCCCGGAGACAAUGGCUUCCCUGGACAAGCUGGGUCUAGAGGACUGCCUGGUCUGAAGGGGCCACCUGGAGCAUUAGGCCACAAAGGACCAAAGGGUGAGAUGGGUGACAGAGGAGCCAGGGGGCCUACAGCUCGUGGACCUAAGGGUCAGCCCGGACCACCUGGACUUCCUGGUGAGGCUGGUAAACCUGGCUAUGGGCGAGAUGGACGUGAUGGGCAAAGGGGCCCCCCUGGACUCCCGGGACAGCCUGGUGUGCCUGGAUCACCUGGAGCAGCUGGUCCUAAUGGAUACUGUGAUCCAUCAGCCUGUAACCUGGCUGCAGGUGCCCAACAGUCUGUGGACAUAAAGGGACCUGCAGGAAACUAA